AAUCUCCACUCCCAAAGCACACAGUAAUCAAAUAGUAGUAUUCGAAGACUACUCCCAUCAAGGUUUUCGAUCGACUAGAGAGAGAAUUAGGGUUUAUGGGGACGCAGAUUGAUGCGAUAAACCCUAACAAUCGCUAAACCAACGCUCUUUUGCCUCUACUUCUGCUCAAAACCCUUGAAAUGUCGGACUACCUUCACCAAGACGUGCUGAUUGACAUCCUCACACGACUACCCGCCGAGUCUCUGGUUCGACUCACUCCCGUUUGCAAGUCAUGGCACUCUCUCAUCACCAGCCCCAAAUUCAUCUCUCACCACCUCCAUCGAACGGCUUCGAACCCCGACAACGACCGCCUCCUCGUUCGCUACCGCACUGAUAAACCCAAGCAAGAUCACUACUCUCUGGUACUCGACGGUAACGACUCAUUCCGUCAACUUAAAACCUUCGAUUAUCCUUUCGACUCUGUUGGUUACUCUGUUGUUGGUAGCUGUAAUGGCUUGAUUUGCCUUUCUGAUGAUCAAUAUUGUUACAGAGACAAUAUGUUUCUGUGGAAUCCGUCAAUUAGGAAGUUUUUUGCUAUGCCUCGACAUAAUAUCACGUAUAAAUCGCACGGUCCCUUUAUGCAUUCUCUAGGGUUUGGAUUCGAUCCAGUCUCCAACGACUUUAAGGUGGUUAGAGUUGUGCAUACGGAUGAUAGGAUUUCGCCUGAUGUUGAGAUUUACACGCUCAAGACUGGUCGUUGGCGAUAUAUUAGUGAGAAAGCACUUCCGUUAAUGAUUGAGGAGCGAUUUCGACAGGCUUAUGUCAAUGGGGCUGCCCAUUGGAUGGCAUUUCAUCAGGGGACUCUAUUGACCUGUUUUCGCUAUACGAUCUUGUCGUUCAACAUGAGUGAUGAGGUUUUUAAUGAGAUAUUGGUUCCGGAUAGUAUUACCCUUGAGGGUGGCCUUGUUGUAUUUAAGGAAUCCUUGUGUUUGUUCCAGCAGUGUGUAAAUGAUAAUGACGAUCAUUAUUUGGUUUGGAUAAUGAAGGAGUACGGCGUGUCAACUUCUUGGGCCAAACUAUUCAGAAUCGAUCUUUGUGGAGGUUUGUGGAGGCCCCUUGGGUUGAGAAAAAACGGUGAAGUUAUAUUUUCCACUCGUGAUGAGGAUUUGGUUUCUUGCAAUUACCGAAGCAAACAGAUUAGCUAUCUUGGAAUACAUGGCACAUCCGGCGACGGAUACUUGAACUGGCACGCAUUUUACAUAGAUACUUAUGUAGAGAGCCUGGUAUUGCUAAACAAGUUGGAAAGUCCUGAAAAUACAGUUGUAAGUAGCCAGAACAAGAAGAACAAGAAGGAGGAGGAGGAGCAAAAGGAAGCAGGUGGAGAAAAAGAAGAAAUCUAAUAGGAAAUAGAAACU